GAGCUGGGAAAACAACUCUUCUAAACUACAUACUCACAGAACAGCAUGAUAAAAGAAUAGCAGUUAUUCUGAAUGAGUUUGGAGAAGGAAGUGCCUUGGAGAGAUCCCUGGCAAUCAGUCAGGGGGGAGAACUCUAUGAAGAAUGGCUGGAACUCAGAAAUGGCUGCCUGUGCUGUUCAGUAAAGGACAAUGGUGUGAAGGCUAUUGAGAACCUUAUGCAACGGAAAGGAAAAUUUGACUAUAUAUUGUUAGAAACAACUGGCUUGGCAGAUCCAGGAGCUGUGGCCUCCAUGUUCUGGGUUGAUUCCGAGCUGGGAAGUGACAUCUACCUUGAUGGUAUUGUAUCUGUUGUUGACGCAAAGUAUGGAUUGCAGCACUUGACAGAGGAAAAACCGGAAGGCCUUGUCAAUGAAGCAUCUCGGCAGGUUGCAUUAGCUGAUCUUAUAAUCAUCAAUAAAACAGAUUUGGUUUCUGAGGAAGAACUGAGUAAAGUCAGAACAUCUGUCAG